GAGGUCCCCUACUCCACGUGUUUCGAGGGCCAGGAGAAGAGGAAAUCAACCUUCUCGCACAUUUGUUUGGCUGGAGGACGAAGACAGAGAUCGGCCACCGUCGGUUCCGGCAGGCACCGCUAAGGUUAAGUUUCCAUCAGAUGCCUCUUGGUCCACAGUACUGGACCUAAUUCGUCGCGAGUUGCCAUGCGUUAGGGACACACAGAGCAUCACAUUCUACAAAGCUGCAAUGACAGGGAAUCAUCGCCUGAUGCCAAUUGGUUGCAAUCUUGGUGGUCAAGAGAUUUGCGACCAAUACAGAACCUCGAAAACUAAGGUUUAUUUAGGACGAACGAAUGAUGCACCGCAGACCACUUUAUCCACCCUGACAACAACCACCACUACAACCACGUCAUCUUCAAUUGCGACCCCUUCAACAAGUGGCACCUACACGACGGCGACAACCACUACCACCGUGUCAUCUUCGAUUGCGACCCCUUCAACCACGAUUGUGACAUCGCCCUCACCAAGUUUUGACGAGUUAUUUAUAAGUCGCCAAUCAUUGCCUAUUGUCCCCCAAGUUAUAGAAGAUGACACAGAUGAGGCAAUGCAUGACUCUGAUGAAGAUGACCAAGUCUGCGAGGCUGGUCCUAUUUUCCAUGGAAGUGGGAUACAAGUUGGUGUUAUUAAGGAGGAUGCCAGUGACAGGGGUAUAUUCCACCCACCAGGCUUGCUUCACUCCUCCCUGGUAGAGUGUAUCAGAAUGGCGCAGCAUGAAAGCGGGACUGCUGAACCUACUUUCCUGCCAUUUACAUUUAAAGCAGUAUUGGGACAAGCACAUGACUCAUGCCGCGGACUUGUUAUUGUUUUAAUAUGCAGCAGGCUUUUUUUAAAGCCAUGCGAGAAAGAGCUUUUAAGUCACCUUGCUGAUAUAUCCCAAUCCUCCAACUCUGCCACACCCAUAUUUUGGUUAGGGGCGAUGAAUACAGAAUAUGGCAAAGAUGCUUCAGAUUCUUUGGGAGGUGAGCAUAUCAGGACACCACAAGUGAUUGUCUGCUCACCAUCUCUUGGACAAGCAGUCCCAACAAUUAUUGAGCGGUUUGUUGGCGCAGCCGAGUUACGAAAGGAAGCUUUUGAAAGGGCAUUACAGUGUAUGGGGCGGACACUUGAAGUUUUCAAGACGGAGCGGCUCAGAAUGAAGGAAAGAGAACUGCUUCUUCGACAGCAGAAGGAUGCACUUGAAGCUUCCCUUUGCAAUGACAGGAAAAAGGAUCAGCACAGCCAGACGACCAUCGUUUCUAAGAUGUUUGAUACAACUGGCAAGCUCCAAGAGAAGGAGGAUGAUGUGAUGGGGGGACCGGUGGAGCCUCAAAAUCUUAACGUACCAGCAGAGGUGUCUCCUGCACAUAGUGAGGUGCCACAAGAGGUAUUGGACACACAAAAUGAGGAAAAAAUUAGGAGGCAACGCAAAGAAAGGGUCUGUGCCCCACCCGAGGGUGCAGACAUUGUUAAAAUAGCCGUCAGAGGCCCUGAUGGCAAACUAAUAAGGAACUCCUUUUCCAAGCAUUCCUGUUUUCAGAUGGUCUAUGACUGGGCAGGAUCCAUGGCCAUUAUGCCUCUACAUUUCUCCCUGCAUAGGGCUGGAGGAGAAAUUGUGAGGCAUGAUGACCAAUUAAAGGGACAUGAGACCCUUAACUUUGCUGAAAGGGAUCACCAACAAAGUGCACAACUUUUAGGAGAUGAGGUUUCUUUCUGUGGAAACUUUCCAAUGGAAUCUCCUGCGGAAGAUACACUAAGAGAGGAGACAGUUGAAACAGCAGGCUGCAGUCAGGUACCAGCAGAGGUGUCUCUGGCAAAUGAGGUGGCAUCAGAGGUAUCAGACACCCAACCUAAGCAAAAACAAGGCGAGCAAGCAAAGAGAAAGAGAAAGAGGGGCAAGGAGAGCAAAAAAAGGAAGAACCACACAAAAAAAUGUUUAGAAAAGAAUAGUACUUGUAAUAAAAGCAUUAUUAAAAGCAUUAAGCUUAAUUCUGUUCCUCAUUAAGUAAGUGUGUGGGGUGUUUCAGUUUUACUCCAAUUUUAAUCUAGUAAAUAAUAUUUAAGUUACCUCUUAUAUCAGUCAACUCCUUCCCUGUUUAGUCGCACGUGCUCUCACUUGGUAAACUAAUCUCAGAGAAGGACCCACAAAUUUCCUUAAAGUCCCAAAAACCACACACGUUCUUGCAAGCUUACCACCAUUUUAGAGACUGGGAACGAUCUCUUUUUCACACGGGUAACCCGGAUGAAAAAAUGCUGCAUCGUGAGCAGUUCGUAGUUCAUGUUCAUCGCAAAAAUUGUCAUUUUUGACAAAAUUGGUAACUUCCAUAUAAGGAAAUUAACAAAUUCCUUAUUUGGAAAAACUGCAUGAUUCUUGUCAUUUUUUAGGCUGCCGUACCGCAGGUGCUUCGUAAACUUUAUGAAUUGUAAUCAGAAGAGAAAAACAGUGCCUGUCACCAUCUUUGGUAAAUGGAGAAAGUAUCUGAAAAAAAAACUAAGAUUCCUCGGUACCAGUUCCUCAAAACGAAAACGUUUUCUUCAUAAAAAGGAAUGGACAUAUUCUGGAAAAAGUGACGGGCCAUUCUCGCGUACAUAAACAUCAGUAUCAAUUG